CGUGUCAAUAUUUAAAGGUCGAUACGAGAAAUUCCAACCGGAUAAAUAUUCAAGCGCAUUAAGCGGACCUUCAUAUUUUGGUUGCAUGUCUUAAAUGAACGAGCUUUUGUGAAAAAGGUACUUAAAAAUACUGCUUACUUAAAUUAACUAAAUCCUAAAGAUUUUGUUAAAUUUUACUCAUCGUGAAAUCUGUAUUAAAAUUUAAUAACUUAAGAAUAAAAUUUUCUCUAAAUUUAUUUUUAAAAUCUAUUUAAUGUUAAAUCCUUUGUUAAUUACCAGACUUAAUAUUUUUAUUAAAAUUUCACUUACUCAGAAGUUUUUAAAGCAAUAUAAUUGUAUAAUUUUCCUUUAUUGCGUUAAAACUUAUUUCCGUGACGCCUGGUGAAUCUUUAAAACAAAUUCAUAUUGGUAUCAAAAUUUACCUUUUAUAAAAUCUUCCGUUUAGUUUACUUUUCAUAAAGUUAGGUUUGAAUAUCUUUCAAUUUGAAAACCAAUUUUUAUUCAAAAUGAAUUGCUCGUGUGCAUAUGGUUUUGUAAGAACAAGAAAAAUGUCAGCAGUUCCUUUUUCACAAGAGGUUGACGGAUUUCAAAUUCCUGGUAUGUUUUCGGCGGAAAAUUUCCGUUCAGCUCUUAAAUACAAACCACGCUCAGAUGAUAUUUUUUUGGCGACUUAUCCAAAAUGUGGAACGACAUGGACGGGACAGAUACUGUUGCUCUUACUUCAGAAGGGUGAGCCUUUAAAGAAGUCGUCUGACAUUCUUGCAAAAGCUCCUGUUUUAGAAAUGACAGGAGCUGAAUUCGUUGAAAAGAUGCGGAGACCAGGUCCAAUCAAAACGCAUCUGCCAUUUCACCUGACGCCUUGGUCUGAAGAUGCCAAAUAUAUAUGCGUCGCAAGAAAUCCAAAGGACUGCUGUGUUUCAUAUUUUCACCAUUUGACGAAUUUGCCGGGCCAUAACUUCAACGGGACUUUCGAAGAAUUUUUUGAGCUCUUCAUCUCUGGAAAAACUGAUUAUGGUGAUUAUUUCGACCACCUUAUGUCUUGGUAUCCUCACAGAAACGAGCCAAAUGUAUUGUUCUUCACUUAUGAAGAGCUUAAAGAAGACCUAGAUGCCGCUAUUUUAAAGAUGGCGACUUUCAUCGAUGAUGAAAAAUAUGCCGAACCCAUUAGAAGCGAUUCGGAAAUCCUAGAGAAUAUUAAGAAGUACAGUAGUUUAAAAGAAAUGAAGGAAUCCAUGGCCAAGAGCUUUAAAGAUAUCGCCCAGAUUUCACCAGAUGAAUUAAAAGAAGCACCGAUGCCAGAUGCAUUGAAAGAAUUCUUAGUGAAACAGAAAGAUAAUUUAAAAGCGGCGGUUGAAGGUAAGAAUGGAGGAUCGAAUGUGACACAGUUUGUCAGGAAAGGUAUUGUUGGUGAUUGGAGAAAUUAUCUGACGAAGGAUCAAAAUCGCAGAUUGGAAGAGAAGUUUGCAGAACGAACUGAAGGAACAGACUUUCAAAACUUGUGGAAAGAUUAUAUGUGAUAGGAAUGUUCUCUUUCGAUUCAUUCAGCAUUUUUUUUAAAUUUCAUUUCUAUUUAUUUAUUGUUUCAAAUGUAUAUUAUGCUUAUUUUAUGUAGUGUAGUUUUUCUCUGGCGUGAAAUAAAGAUACGCUCUGAUGGUAUUUCAGACC